GCGAAAUGGUUACUUUUUUAAAAAGCGGGCUCUGGUUACUUUUGAAGAUCUCCGGUCCCGGGCGGGCUCCCGGAGCAGAGUAGAGACGGUUUCUCUCUCUCUCCCUCUCUCUCUCUCUGCGGUGGAGGAUCCUGGGCUGAUGCAGAGCCGGGGCGUGGGGGCUGCGGUAGCCUGGACGAAGCGAAUCUAACAAGGGGAACAGAGUCAGCGACACCAGCGGGGACUGAGGGCCCCUGGGGAGCAGAAGGACCUUUUGCCAGACACCACCGCCCCCCCACGUUGGAUGGGGGCUGCAGGGCAGCCAUUGUUUGAUGUCCUGUGACUGAAAAAAAACCAACUUUUGAGUUUUAUUAUGCCUUUGGAGAUGGAGCCCAAAAUGAGCAAACUCACCUUCGGGUGCCAGCGGAGUUCCACGUCGGACGACGAUUCUGGCUGUGCGUUGGAGGAGUAUGCCUGGGUCCCACCGGGACUUCGACCAGAGCAGAUCCAGCUUUAUUUUGCCUGCUUACCAGAGGAAAAGGUUCCGUAUGUAAACAGCCCUGGAGAGAAACAUCGAAUUAAACAGCUUUUGUACCAGUUGCCACCACAUGAUAAUGAGGUACGGUAUUGCCAGUCUUUGAGCGAAGAGGAGAAGAAAGAACUGCAAGUGUUCAGUGCUCAGCGGAAGAAAGAAGCACUUGGAAGAGGGACAAUUAAACUCCUAUCCAGAGCAGUCAUGCAUGCCAUGUGCGAGCAGUGUGGCUUGAAGAUAAACGGAGGGGAAAUUGCAGUGUUUGCCUCACGUGCGGGCCCUGGAGUAUGCUGGCACCCGUCCUGUUUUGUCUGCUUCACGUGUAACGAGCUGCUGGUCGAUCUCAUCUAUUUUUAUCAGGAUGGAAAAAUUCACUGUGGCAGGCACCACGCUGAAUUGCUCAAACCACGGUGUUCAGCAUGUGAUGAGAUCAUUUUUGCUGAUGAGUGCACAGAAGCUGAGGGUCGCCACUGGCACAUGAAACACUUUUGCUGCCUUGAGUGUGAAACGGUCCUCGGAGGGCAGAGGUACAUCAUGAAGGACGGCCGCCCUUUCUGCUGCGGCUGUUUUGAGUCUUUGUAUGCUGAGUACUGUGAAACCUGUGGGGAGCACAUUGGUGUCGACCAUGCCCAGAUGACCUACGAUGGGCAGCACUGGCAUGCUACAGAAGCCUGCUUCUCUUGUGCCCAGUGUAAAGCCUCUUUGUUGGGGUGUCCCUUCCUUCCCAAACAAGGUCAGAUUUAUUGCUCAAAAACAUGCAGUCUUGGUGAAGACGUCCAUGCCUCCGAUUCCUCCGACUCUGCAUUUCAGUCUGCUCGAUCAAGAGACUCCAGAAGAAGUGUCCGGAUGGGCAAGAGCAGUCGGUCGGCGGAUCAGUGUAGACAGUCUCUCCUUUUGUCCCCUGCUCUAAACUAUAAGUUUCCUGGCCUUUCAGGCAAUGCCGAUGACACCCUUUCUCGGAAAUUGGAUGACCUGAGUCUCUCCAGGCAGGGAGCAAGUUUUGUCAAUGAAGACUUUUGGAAAGGCAGAGUAGAGCACGAAACCCCAGAAGACCCCGAAGAAUGGGCCGAGCACGAAGAUUAUAUGACGCAGCUCCUCCUCAAGUUUGGUGAUAAAAGCCUCUUUCAGCAGCAGCCCAAUGAGAUAGAUAUUCGAGCCAGUGAGCAUUGGAUAUCUGAUAACAUGGUUAAAAAUAAGACUGAGUUAAAGCAAAAUAACCAGAACCUUGCAAGUAAAAAAUACCAAUCUGAUAUGUAUUGGGCACAGUCACAAGAUGGAUUGGGAGAUUCUGCCUAUGGCAGCCACCCAGGCCCGGCCAGCAGCAGAAGGCUCCAGGAGUUGGAUCUGGACCAUGGGGCUUCAGGAUAUAAUCAUGAUCAAACGCAAUGGUAUGAAGGUUCCCUGGAGUGUUUGUCAGACUUGAAACCAGAGCAGAGUGUCCGGGAUUCUAUGGAUUCUUUGGCUUUGUCUAACAUCACAGGGGCGUCGGUGGAUGGAGAAAGUAAGCCGAGGCCAUCAUUAUAUUCUCUGCAAAACUUUGAGGAAAUGGAGGCAGAAGAUUGUGAGAAAAUGAGCAAUAUGGGGACUUUGAACUCUUCCAUGCUGCACAGGAGUGCAGAGUCCUUAAAGAGUCUAAGCUCAGAGCUGUGCCCAGAAAAAAUCAUGCCUGAGGAGAAACCAGUACACCUGCCAGUGCUUAGGAGGUCCAAGUCUCAGUCCAGGCCGCAACAGGUCAAGUUUUCCGAUGAUGUCAUUGACAACGGAAGCUAUGACAACAUCGAGAUCCGGCAGCCCCCAAUGAGCGAGAGGACUCGGAGACGCGUCUACCAUUUUGAAGAGAGAGGAUCCAGGCCUCACCACCGUCGCAGGCGGAGCAGGAAGUCGCGCUCCGACAACGCCCUGAAUCUCGUCACAGAAAGAAAAUACUCCCCCAAGGACCGCCUGCGGCUUUACGCCCCUGAAAACUACGAGAAAUUCAUCCAGAAUAAGAGUGCCCGGGAGAUCCAGGCCUACGUCCAGAACGCGGACCUGUACGCGCGCUACGCCCACGCUGCGUCUGACUACGCGCUGCGUCACCCGGAUGUGCCGCGGUUCCUGGGGCUCUACGGCGAGGACGACGAUUCCUGGUGUACCUCCUCCUCCUCUUCCUCCUCCGACUCGGAAGAGGAAGGGUAUUUUCUGGGACAGCCGAUUCCUCAACCCCGGCCACAGAGGUAUGCCUACUACACAGACGACCUUUCUAGUCCGGCAUCUGCACUGCCCACGCCUCAGUUUGGCCCGGGAACAACCAAAUCCAAGAAGAAAAAGGGACACAAGGGCAAGAACUGUAUUAUUUCUUAAUCUAGUAGCUGUGGAGGUCCUGUUUAAAUUUAGCCAUUAACCAUCUUGAAGCGUAUCUUUUUUUUUUUCUUUCAUAGGAAAGUUGCUAAAAUAGCUUAAAGUGCUUUGCCCAUGUAAAUGAGCCCCGACUGCUGUUUACAAUGUCAGGUUAACUUUGAGGAGGUGUGAGUGAUUUCUCCAGUUUACCCUCCCCGGAUGGUGCCCGGUAGCCACAACCAGUCAGGUGCAUUACAGUUUUACUUUGCUGCUUUGGUCUCCAGUCCGUAAGAGAAUCUGACAGACACUGUCGUGAGCUGAUUGGACGGGGGUGUUGAUUUUAGACAACGGAGAACUUCAGCCACCUUUGUAAAGCAAUAGUGUUUGUCGUCCGUGUUAGCCAGGUUGGCGCAGGUCCCGAUCGGUCUGUCUUGUGCGGCAUGCACGUGGUCACACUGACCCAGCCAACAUUGUGCGUCCCAUCCCACGAGGCCACCCAGUCCCCACUGCAGUCCUCUUUUAGCCAGGUAAACAUUGUAUUGUAUUAGCUCCAGAUUACAGAUUGGGGUGGGGGGGGGGGAACAAAAAAACUUUGCUAUUUAUAAUGUAGUAUUUCAUAGACUUAAGUGUAUUCCUAAUUUAACGGUGCAAAUAUUAAUGUACAUACUGUACAGUUCAGAUUUUAAAGCUGAUAUUUUUAUAUCCCUGAAUUGCAAGAUGUUUGUUACACUGCAGUGCUAGAUUUGUUAGGGAACCAGAAACAGCAUUUAUGGAUGAAAUGAUUGCUUGUAUUUUAGUCAGGGUUUAUAAGUUUAGAUGGUCAAAUUUAUAUUGCCUAGUGAUGGAAAGUUUCUUUUUUUUUAUUUUUUCAAUAUUAAAAAGGCUCUGUAUGCAUGGUGGGGCUAUGUAAAUACUCUUAAAACUAUGGCCCUAUUAAUCUUACCAGUGUUAUUUAUGGGUCAAGCAAUGUAAACUGUAUAAAUGUAAAAACAAACAAAAAACCCAUAUAUACCCCUGGAAUAUAUGGUAAAAACAAGUAGAAACUGUUUGGGUGGAUGUUUUUUCCCCCUGUUGGGGAUGAUCUGUGUGUGUGGAGGGGGGUGCCUUUCCCAUUUUUAGCAAGGUGGUGAUUAUCUUUUGGGAAGAGACCAAAACUACAAGGAUCUGCUUUUUUGUGGCAGAGGACUUUGCAGAUUUAUUAUUUGAAGAGAGGUUAUUCCUUUUCAUCCCUCCCUUCCAGCUAAUUUGUUGGCUUUUAGCAGCAAUUUUGAAAACUGGGCCUUCUGAUUAUGUUUUUCUUUUAAAAAUCUGUAAAUUAGAGGAUGCUGUACCACCGACUACUUCAAGUUAAUAUGAGGUUCUAUUUCAAGGGAAAAUUAUCUUGGAUUUGAACUAAUGAGCUGAUAUUUUGUUAUGUGCCAUUCUUGCACAUACGUUUCAGUCCUAACUAAAGUCCUAGUGGUACUUUGGACCUUUCAGAAGGUAUUUAAUAAACGAUAAAUAAUAAACUACCUACCUUUCUGAACACAGAUGUUUGCAAACAUACCCAGAUAACUUGCACUUUACUCCUGUGUUCAGGCACACUUUAUCUUGCCGUCCUUCUGCCAACAGACCACCAUUUGACUCCUGCAGGGGCCCUGCCUCUCCUAGUAGGCGGGAAGUGGGACUUGUGGCACAGAGGCACAGUUGUAGUCAGUAGAAUGGGGGAAAGCUGCUAGGCCUUGGGAAGAGCAACAUGAAUCCAGCAGGUAAACCAGUGGAGGACAGCGUCCCCUAUACACAUCACCUGGAUAUAGCAAGGCUUUGUAUCUGGGCUAGACAGAGGCCCUUCAGAAACACCACUGGUGUGAGCUCUUUGCUUAAGAACACGACCAUCAGUUCCCUAGUCUGGCUCAUUAAAAAACAUGUAAGCAGCGAAGAGGAAAUACAUGCACAUGGUAAAAAAAGUUCAAAUAAGAGUGGAGUUUAUCCUCUCUACCCUUUGUCCCCAGUCCCUCCAUUCCCCUCCCCAGAAGAAACCCUGGUUAUCCAUUGCUAGUGUAUCCUUAGGCUGUUAAAGCAUAUUUCUAUAAAUGUGUCUCUUUUAAGAACAAUAGCAAACUAUACACACUGAGACUUGCUUUUUCAUUUCAUAUGUGGACACUUCACAUUAGUGCAUGUAGGUCUACCUCAUUCUUUCAAGGACUACGUGAUACUCCACUUUGGGAUACACCUUAAUUCACUUAACCAGGGCCUUGCUGAUGGACUUGAAUUCCCUCAUAGAUGCCUUAUCCUGCACUGGCACAUGCAUAUCUAUUCUGAGCAGCAUAAUUACUGACACAAAGGUUAUGCAUGAAAAUUUUGAUGGGUAUCAACUGUUUUCCUCCAAAGAAAUAAUCUUAAAUUACCCUAACUGUAUGUGAGCCCUUAUUCCAAUACAGUCUUACAUCAUCACAUAAUAAAAAAUUUCUUGAUUUUGAAAACCUUUUCGGAACCUAAUGCUGCAAAGAGUGGGCAACCUUUUAGAAAAGACUGUGGCUACAAGUUGCUUAUAAAGGAUGGGUAACAAAUAAUAAACAGGUAUGCUUAGGCUGGGUAUAAACUGAAGUCACUGUUCUCAGUGGUUUUCAAAUCAUUCUCACAAGAUUAAUUCCUUUUGCUUCUCACCAUAUUCAUCCUUUUCGUUUCCUUAUAUAAGGGUUAGAAUGCCAAAGGCUUAAGGAAAUGCAGAAAUAUUUACAAUAAUAAUAAUGUAACCUUUAAAGCUUAUCUACAAAGGAAGAAAGGGAAGUGACUGCCUUGCAAUUCUAUAAAGAACUGGCAAGAAGAUUAAGCAUAGCUACUGAAAGAUCUGCACAAAUUUAGUUAUUAACAAGAAUGCAAUAUAUGUGGUCAUUCACUAAGGGAUCAGAUGUUAAAACCACUUCUAAUCUCUAGAUAGGUGAAGCAGAAUUCUAAGGAUUGCAUUUUCCUCACUUCAGACCAAAUUGAGGAA